CGGUCAUCACGCCUCUCUGCCGCCACCCUGCUGUUCGCUUGUGAUGCCUCUCUGCCGCCACCCUGCUGUUCGCUUGUGAUGCCUCUCUGCCGCCACCCUGCUGUUCGGUCAUCACGCCUCUCUGCCACCACCCUGCUGUUCGCUUGUGAUGCCUCUCUGCCGCCACCCUGCUGUUCGGUCAUCACGCCUCUCUGCCGCCACCCUGCUGUUCGGUCAUCACGCCUCUGUGCCGCCACCCUGCUGUUCGGUUGUGAUGCCUCUCUGCCGCCACCCUGCUGUUCGGUCAUCACACCUCUCUGCCGCCACCCUGCUGUUCGGUCAUCACGCCUCUCUGCCGCCACCCUGCUGUUCGGUCAUCACGCCUCUCUGCCGCCACUCUGCUGUUCGGUCAUCACGCCUCUCUGCCACCACCCUGCUGUUCGCUUGUGAUGCCUCUCUGCCACCACCCUGCUGUUCGGUCAUCACGCCUCUCUGCCGCCACCCUGCUGUUCGGUCAUCACGCCUCUCUGCCGCCACCCUGCUGUUCGUUUCUUACUUCUGUUCAUAUUCAAGUGACAGGAUCCAGGAACUAGCAAGGCCAAAGAAGCCUAAAGCAGCUUGGGAGAACUAUAGUAGUAGGUUAGAAUGGGGAAAUCAGGAGACAAUUUGGCCACUCUCCCGGAGUGCUUUGACGGCUCGGCCAACACCAAGAAUUAUGUUUCUGGCCAAACCCAAGAAAAUUUUCAAUGGUGACCUUCAGCGCAGGUGCCUCUUCUUGUACAGCUGUGGCCGGAUGUCAGAGAUCUGGCAGCGCCCACCAUUGAUGGAUUUAGCUUUACCAUCUCCUCGAAUACUGAAGUUGGCAGAACCUAAAAAAUACCAAACAGCGUACUUAAAACAAAGGCCUCGUAGUUCUCCAGAGUGGCCCGUGCCAACAGCUGCACUCACCUGCGAGGCUUCCCAGCGGGUUCUAGAACUGGCACGUCCCAAAUCCGUGCAUCCAGGCUUCCUGCUAGACAGAAAGGUUGAAACACAAAUUACAGACACUGCGAAGAUGACUCUCACCCCUCCAAGAACACAGCGUCUUGCCCAGCCGAAGAUUCAGAAGAAUACUUUGUGCUACGACCGGGGAAGUCCCGAGUCCAUGAUCUGUCCAGUAUCUAGGUCUGCCCAGCAAGCAGUAGCAAGUGUUCGGACACUAGAGUUGGCUAAAGCAAAAGUGGUGUCACCUGAGUAUCUGCCUGCCUGUGAUACUGAACGGCCAGUGACAAAGGCAGCAAAGCAUGCAGUGACUACGCCUAGGAUUGAGGAACUGUCCCAGCCAUGCAAAAGGCUCACUGCAAACCUUGCUCAGUUUGAUCCAGAUGCCUUUUUAGUAAAGGAGUCUGCUAAGAAGGCAGUUUGCUCCAGCAGGCUUAAAAAACUAGCAUGCCCUAUUGAGCGCUGAACCUGUUGGCUCUUAAGUUCAUUAAAUCCUUAGAAAAUUCAUGGCUGUCUUGUCAGCUGUCCCCCUCCCCAGUGUGUUUGAUUACCGGUACAUGUUGUAGAGCGGGGUCUCAAACUCAAUUUACAUUAGGUCCAGUGCCCGUCCUCAAAUCCUCCCAAUGGCCCAAUGUCACCCAUGCCACCCAGAACCCGCCCCCCCA